CUCGCUGGUGGUGGUGACACCGGGCAGGUUUGGGGGUGUCCUGAUGUCCCCAGGCCACUGGCACGGCCAUGGGAACCCCUGGAUUCCAGGGGGGGAAUUCCAGUGUGGUGGCCGAGUGGUGUUAAAUCCCUGGGAAAUCGGGAUACCUGGAAAAUCCCGGAGUUAAUUUGGCUGAUCCCUCAGGGUGGCAAUGCCAGGGGUUGUCCUGAGGUCCCCACACCACCAGCACAGCCCCAGGGCACCCCUGGCUCGGGGGUGACACGGGGCUGCUGCCCAUGGGAUUGUGGUGCCCGAGGGGCGUCAAAUCCCUGCAAAACCCCAAAUCCCUGGAAAACCCCAAAUUUCAUUGGACUGGUCGAUCAGGGAGCUGGCCUCGGGCAGUUUUUAGGGCCGCAGGGGUGUGUAGGGGGGAAUCCAUCCCACCCUCACCUUCCUCCCCUGCUCUUCCCAGGUGCUCCCGAGGCGACAUUCCCGGCGGGAUGCGGGCAUUCCUGAUCUCCCUCUCUCUCUCCGCAGCUCCACCGCGGCCCCCCGGCGCUGCCGCCCGUGCCGUGAGCCCCCCCCUCGAUGCCCACCCCCCCUCGGGUGCCCACCAGCUGGAUGCCGACCCCUCCGGAGGCUCCGGGUGCUCCCAGUGCCUCGGAGAGCAGCGGGACGGGGGUCGGUGCCCGCCUGCAGCCGCCUCGCCCGGACCCCCCGCGCUGCCCCUCGGGUGGACGAGCCCUUUUCUCCUGAGAAGAGCCCGACCAGGUGAUCAAAAUAGAGACCCUCAAGGUGACGGUCGACUUCUUGAAGGUGCCCCUGGGCCUGAAGAAGCCCCCCCUGAAGGAGGCCCUGCCCGCCGUCCCGGGGCCGGGCAGAUCCAAAGCCCUCGGCCUGGAGCGGCACAAGCCCCGGCGCUCCGACAACAUGGACAAUGAGUCGCAGUACUCGGGAUAUUCCUACAAAUCCGGCCAUUCCCGCAGCUCCCGCAAGCACAGGGACCGGCGGGACCGGCAUCGCUCCAAAAGCCGGGACGGGAGCCGGGGGGAUAAAUCCGUGACCAUCCAAGCGCCGGGAGAGCCCCUCUUGGACAACGAGUCCACCCGGGGGGACGAGAGGGACGACAACUGGGGCGAGACCACCACGGUGGUGACGGGGACGUCGGAGCACAGCAUCUCCCACGAUGACAUCACCCGCAUCACCAAGGACAUGGAGGACAGCGCCCACCUGGACUGCUCCCGGCACCUGGGCGUGGCGCUGGCCGGGGCGCUGGCGCUGCUGGCCUUCCUCACCCCCCUGGCCUUCCUGCUGCUGCCCCAGCUGCUGUGGCGGGAGGAGCUGGAGCCCUGCGGGACGCCCUGCGAGGGGCUCUUCAUCUCCAUGGCCUUCAAGCUCCUCAUCCUCCUGCUGGGCAGCUGGGCCCUGUUCUUCCGCCGCCCCAAGGCCUUCUUCCCGCGCGUCUUCGUCUUCCGGGCGCUGCUCAUGGUGCUGGUCUUCCUGCUGGUCGUGUCCUACUGGCUCUUCUACGGCGUCCGCAUCCUGGACUCGCGGGACCGCGACUACCGGGGCGUGGUGCAGUUCGCCGUGUCGCUGGUGGACGCCCUGCUCUUCGUGCACUACCUGGCCGUGGUGCUGCUGGAGCUGCGCCAGCUCCAGCCCCAGUUCACCCUCAAGGCCGUUCGCUCGGCCGACGGCGCCAGUCGCUUCUACAACGUCGGGCACCUCAGCAUCCAGCGAGCGGCCGUGUGGAUCCUGGAGAACUAUUACCACGACUUCCCGGUGUACAACCCCGCCCUGCUCAACCUGCCCAAAUCCGUCCUGUCCAAGAAAAUGUCCGGGUUCAAGGUCUAUUCCCUCGGCGAGGAGAACUCCACCAACAACUCGACGGGGCAGCCCCGGGCCGUGAUCGCGGCGGCCGCGCGGCGCCGGGACAACAGCCACAACGAGUUCUACUACGAGGAGGCCGAGCACGAGCGCAGGGUCCGCAAACGCCGCGCCAGGCUGGUGGUGGCGGUGGAAGAAGCCUUCACCCACAUCAAGAGGCUGCAGGAGGAGGACCAGAAGAACCCCCGGGAGAUCAUGGACCCCCGCGAGGCCGCCCAGGCCAUCUUCGCCUCCAUGGCCCGGGCCAUGCAGAAGUACCUGAGGACCACCAAGCAGCAGCCCUACCACACCAUGGAGAGCAUCCUGCAGCACCUGGAGUUCUGCAUCACCCACGACAUGACCCCCAAGGCCUUCCUGGAGCGGUACCUGACGGCCGGGCCCACCAUCCAGUACCACAAGGACCGCUGGCUGGCCAAGCAGUGGACGCUGGUCAGCGAGGAGCCGGUCACCAACGGCCUCAAGGACGGCGUGGUCUUCGUGCUCAAGCGCCAGGACUUCAGCCUGGUGGUGAGCACCAAGAAGAUCCCCUUCUUCAAGCUCUCGGAGGAGUUCGUGGACCCCAAGUCGCACAAGUUCAUCAUGAGGCUGCAGUCGGAGACCUCGGUGUGAGCUGAACGGGGCUGGCAGAGGGGGUCAGAUGGGAGACCCUCCCCGUUCCCCUCCGGCCCCGCCGGGGCUCGGGGAGGUCACCUCGGGGGGUGACCUCAGGGGGGGUCACCUCGGGGGUCAAGGACCCGAAGGACCUUGGGCAGAACUCCGGGAAGCGGCUCCGGCGCCCGCCCGGGCUCGUGGUCACCCGCCCUCUGCCCUGGGGUGGGCUGAGCCCCUUCUCCUCCUCCUCCUCCUCCUCCUCCUCCUCCUCCUCCUGCUCCCCCCUGAAACCCAGGGCCUUGUAGCAUCUCCCCACGGAGGGAAGGAGCAGCGCCGCUGACUCGGUGCCACCACUCAAGGGCUAAUCCCAAACCUUCCUCACCAGCGUCCCCGGGGCACCGCCGGGAUCUUCUGCUCCUGCCUCCCCCUUUUCUCCCCGACCCGGCUCUGGCCUUAAACCACUUCCAGCCCGCCCUUUGGGGCUGCUUUUUUAACCCUAGAGACUUUUUGUUGUUGUUUUUAGGGGCGGGGGUGGAGUAUUUUUGUGAACGGCUCCACACUCUGUGGCUGCUACAAAAAACUUCCCCUGGCAUUCCAGGACACUCCAGGCUGGAGGAGCCUCCUCCUCCUCCUCCUCCUCCUCCUCCUCCUCGCCUCUGCUGGUGGUUUUUUUAGCAGAUGUGAUUUGUUUUCAGAGGAGCAGAAGGUCGGGUUUGGGGUUUUCACGGGGGUUCUGCCGCUCCCGAGGUGACCCCACGUUCCCGCUUCCAGCAGCACCUCCCUGGGGCUUCCCGGUGUCCUUGGGGCCGGAAUUGCAGGCAGAGCAGCUUAAAACAUCUCCUGGGGUCCAGCCCUGGACCUACAGCCCCGAGAGGCUCCUGGGAGGGGUCAACAAGGUCCUUAAUUAACGUCCCAUGGGUGUCGUGGCCACCCCACGGAAUUCCCAUCCCACGGAAUUCCCGCCUUGUCGGGACGUGUGAAACGUUUUGCCUUCUCCUGGUUUCUGUUAAAGGUCUCAAAUACCUCACGGGUUGAUUUUCACCUUUUUUUCAUGUUUUCCCACAUCCAGCCACACCAGUGGGAGUUUGGGGCUGGUCCCUGCGGGGUCGGUUUGCUCGUGGAGGGGCCGAUUUCCCCCCGAGGAGGCUCGAGCCGGGUGGGAUUUGGGGGUUGGUUUAUCCUAAAAAAGCACUAAAAGGGUGUGAAUUGGGGGGGGGGAAGGGGGAGGGAGGGGCUUCCCCAGCAGCACCAGUAGCAAAGUCCCGGUGCUGGGGGGGUCCUGUGGGGUCCAACCCCCCCCAAGCACUCGCUGCCCGGGCUUGGCUUUCCCGAAUUCCAGGGAAUCUCCGUUUGGGGGGAAUUUCUGACCCCCUCCUGCCGCUCCCCUCUGGAGGCCGAAGGACCCAAUUCCACCCCCCCAGUGGGAGCCCGUUUUUGGGGUGUUUUGGGGCUGUUCUACUACAAAAAAAACACCGAAGGGUCGGCCCAGGGAGGGGGGAUUUUUCCACUCGGGAUUUUUCCACUCGGGAGUUUUAAGAAGAAGAAGAAAAUAAGAAAAAAAAAAAAAGCCUUUUUUUGGGGGUCCGUUUUCGGGGUUGGUUUGAUUCCUCUCAGCAGAGCCCAGACCUUGUGCAUGCGUUGUAGAAAGUUGUAAAAUGUAAAAUUGUUUUUUAAUAUAUAUAUAAAAAAAAAAAAAGCUGGUUUUUACAGUUUUGCAGUGGGUCGGGAACUGGCCCGGCAGUGGUAGAAGUUUGGUUGGUGUUUGGUUGGUUUUUUUUGUUGGUUUUUUGUUUUUUUUGGUUGUUUGUUUUUUUUUUUUUUC